UUGCUCUGAUGCUCUUCUAUGAGGGAGUAAAUGUCUGCACCCCCUUUCGCUGGGUCCUUGCCUUCCAGAGAGGGUUUGGGGUGGGACAGCUGACUGGAUGCUGAGAUGGAAGAGGAGACACCAACACUGCCCAGGAAAGACGGCUUCGUAAGCCUUUGCCAAACUCACCUUUCAGCCCCCUUCAUGUUGAAGCUGAAACCUGAGCUGGCAUCCUGGGAGAGAAGAGGGAAUUUCUACAAGGUACCCAUCCUUUUGCACCUGGAUCUGGGGUGCUGUGCCGCAGGCACUCUUAUGUGAAUGAGACACAAAGUCCUGCACAGAAUUGGUGUCAAAAUAUCUCUUGCUUUCCUGAAGGGAUGAAGUGUCUCCUCUCCUACUCUACCUCGUUGUUGCCAUUUGGAUACUGAGCUCACCUCUCCCAAAGUCCAGGCUACAUCUCGGCAGCGGCAGAAAUAAAAGGCAGGGAGGGGCCAGGCCUCAGCUGAGACCCUGGGAAAGCAGCAGGGCAUGGCCACCAAAGAGCAGAGCCGUUGGCUCAGGGGGCCUGCAGGACAGGUGCCAUUUGUGUCUGCUGGCCAGGGAAAUAACAGACGCCCCGCCUAAAAAAAAAGUCUUCCCAUAUUGCUAACACGCCAGGCCAAUGAAACAGCUGCAGAGCCUUUACGUCCCACAACAGAAAUAUGAAUAGAGAUUACCUCAUAGGCAACAGUCCCAUUUUAAAAUAUGCCAGCCCAGGGUCCCCCAGAGCCUACUUUAAUGUGUCAGACCAUGUGUUCUGCUUGGUAUGGGAAAUGCAUUCACUGCGCCCAUAGGUGGUGAGGCAAAUGCCCAAUCGCUCCCCAAAGCAGCAUCAUUCGGCAGUCUUGACAGCCCCCUCAGCCUUCCUGCCCUCCCUCACCGAAACACCCAUAAUUCUAGAUAGCAACACACACACAGAGGCACCGCCUAGCACCAGACAUUCAGAUGUGGGUACACUGAUACACAACACAGGCACACAGAUAAACAGGUACAUUCUCCCUGCUCUGAUACACACAGAGUUCCCGCCAUGUACACACCCAACCGCAGCACCGUUAACACACACCUUCCCGCCCAACCCACACAGGCCUUUGACCUCCUUGCUUGGAUCCUGUUCAAAGGGAUGGGGAAAAGUCACAAUCAUCAGCCGCCUUUUCACCCCAAUUUCCCAGCACCUUCCUUAUCUCUGUCUUAGCAGUCACCCCUGGCCCCUCUUCCUUCCUCACACUUGCAGAAUCCUCUCUUGCUGGGAAGUAGUGGUUUCUCCCUUUCCAUCUCCCGGAAAGUGCCUGCUCUCUGGUCUUCUCUGUGUUCCUUUCCUGAGACCCUCCUGAGCAGUCAAAGCUAAUCUCAAAACAGGAAGGCCCGGGGUUGGCAGCCCAGGUUGACCCGAGGCUCAGGCAGGCAGUGGGUGUGGGCUAGGGCUUCCUGAGUGCUGCCCCAUGGCCCUGCCCAGAACCUGAGGGCUUCAUUAGUCCUUGGCGCUUAUCGAGGAGCAACAGCUGCUGACAGAGCUGCCAGUCCUCUCUCUGCCUGCCCUGCACCCACAGUGCCAUGGGAAACUGCCUGAACCAGGUCAAGCCUUCCUUCUCACUGGACAAGAAUGGAAGUCUGUUUGAUCUUGGAGACUAUCAGUGGAAUUAUUCCUUCGAGAACACCACCUAUGGAUCCCUUGAAGACUACAGCUCACUGGAUUCUGCUGCCCCCUGCCACUCCUGUAACCUGCUGGACGACUCCUCACUGCCUUUCUUUAUCCUCUCCAGUGUCUUGGGUAUUCUGGCCAGUGGAGCUGUCCUCUUCGGGCUACUUAGACCUCUCUUCCACUGGCAGCUCUGUCCCGCCUGGCCUUUCCUGGCACAGAUAGCUGUGGGAAGUGGCCUCUUUAGCAUUGUGGUGCCCAUCCUGGCACCAGGGCUAAAUAGUUCCCAGAGCACUAUCUUAUGCCACUUGGGCUACUGGAUCUGGUAUAGCUCAGCCUUUGCUCAGGCUCUGCUGAUAGGGUGCCAUGCCUGCCUGGGCCCCAAACUGGGCACAGGCCAGAUCCCAGGCCUCACCCUGGGGCUCACUGUGGGGCUUUGGGGAGUGGCUGCCCUAUUAGGAUUACCAGUCACCCUUGCCAUCGACACGACUCCUGGGCCCUGCACCCUGUCCUACAGCAGGGGCCUGGAUGCUCUACGGUCCACACACGUUGUGGCCUGUUUUGCCAUCUUCAGCUUGUUGCCUCUGAGUUUGUUGGGAGCCAAGGGGCUAAAGAGGGUGUUGGGUAGGGGUCCGGGUCCCUGGAUUGACAUCCUGUGGGUGUGGUUCAUUUUCUGGUGGCCUCAUGGAGUGAUCCUGGGGUUUGACUCCCUAGUAAGAGCCAAAGUCUUACUGUUGCCAACAUGUCUGGUCCAGCAGAUUCUGGAUCUGACGCUGGACCUGGCUGAAGCCCUGGCCAUGCUGCACUGUGUAGCUACCCCUCUGCUCCUGGCCCUGUUCUUCCACCAAGCCACCCAAUCUUCCUUUCCUUCCCUGCCCCUCUCUGCAAGACGGUCUUCUCAUCUGGACAAUGCUGGAAGCAAAACCUAGUUCUCCUCCCACCUGUCAACCUGAAGUAAAGUCUAUACUGCUUUAAUAAAGUG